AUGGGUAACGAAGCUCUGCGCAUCAAUGGAUUCACCAACACCGUCACUACCAACAACCACAUUACUACCCGUGGUAGUGACUGGUACUUCACCGUUUGCGCUGUGAUGACCGUUUCGGCUCUUGUCUUCAUGAUCCUGGCUUUCUACAAGACCCGCUCUCAACGACUCUUCUACUAUAUCACUGCUUCAAUGACUAUGGUUGCUGCCAUUUCCUACUUCUGUAUGGGUUCUAACCUCGGCUGGACCGCAAUUGAGGUCGAAUGGCGUCGCUCCGACCCCGAGGUUCGCGGCAACAUGCGCCAGAUCUUCUACGUGCGUUACAUUGACUUCUUCAUCACCACUCCGUUGUUGCUUGCCGACCUUCUGCUCGUCUGCGCUCUCCCUACCGCCACCACCCUCUAUGUUUUGCUCAUGAGCGAAGUUAUGGUCAUCAUGGGUCUCGUCGGUGCCCUCGUCCACAGCUCUUACAAGUGGGGCUUCUUCACCUUCGGGGUUGCCGCAUACUUCUUCGUUGCAUACACCAUCAUCUUCGAUGGCCGUGCCUAUGCUCGUACUUUGGGCGCCGAUAUCUUGCAGACCUAUACUAUCCUCGGCGUCUGGACCGCUACUCUCUUCAUCGUCUACCCGGUUGCCUGGGGUGUCAGCGAGGGUGGCAACGUCAUCCCUCCCGACUCGGAGGCCAUCAUGUACGGGAUCUUGGAUAUCCUUACCAAGCCUGUUUUCGGUGGUUACCUCAUCUGGGCCCUCCGCAACGUCGACAUUGAACGCCUCGGUAUUCACAUCCGAGACAUCAAUAUGGCCCCAGCUGCUGCCCCGGCCAGCGAGAAGGCCGUUGAGGCCAACCCCAGCGGAGCUGGCGAGACCCCUAUGGUUGCUCCCCCUGCCGAGAACACUACCUCCACCGCUGUCUAA